AUGUCGCCUGCAUCCUCCAUCACCGGGUCCAAUGCCCCAUCCGCCGCAUCGGACCAUGACGAAUCUAAAUAUCUCUCCAGAGGCCGGAUGAUCCAUUGGACGCGCAUCGCUCUGUCGUCUCUUUCAUUCGUCCUUGCGGUUGUCGUUGUAAGCUGUGAAGGGCAUGCCUUGAACUACUACAAAACCACGGCUAGGUACGACAAGUGGUACUUGUCCCUAUGGCCCAAACAACUGGAUCUAAGUCCAAGUAUCGCCAUCAUCGUCUGCGGCACCAUCCUCCUGGUCUUCAACAUGGCCUAUACCACAGUUGCUCUAUUGCCUUCGCCACGAUCCCGAGUCCUUCUCCUGAACUAUUUCAUCUCUUUUAUUGCAUUUAGCGGUUUCAUUGCUACAGUAGCCGCCGUUUCAACUUCGGUUAUAGCAUACAACCCCCGGUAUUCCGCGGGGGGAGCUCAGCUCGGCCAGACACUCAACUCCUGGACAUGCACCUGGGGCUUUGCCGACGGCGUGGAUGCUGAUGGAGCUAAGAUUGCACCUGUGGUCAACUUUGGUCGACUUUGCAGAGAGACUCGCGCAUCCUUUGCCAUCAUGUGUGUUUUGAUCGUGAUCCAGUUCCUGUCUUGUCUAUCAGUUGGAUGUGGAUGGUGGCUCGAGGUGGAGAUGAACAAGAAACGCCGUAUCGGUGCUACUGGCGGGUUUGAGGUAGAGAAGCGCCAUGAUAGCGUGGCAGAGGGUGAAGCGCCUGUCCCUGUAAUAGACACCACACCACAGGACCACGCGCAGCCAUAUAACUCCGAAGAAGAUUCCGACUUUGACGAUGACAACACAGCACUCGCCGCGACCGAUGGCGAGAGCGCAUCUGAGGAUGAAGAUAAUGGCGAGGAAGAGCGCGGGCGACCUCGGAAAAAGAGAAAGCUCUCACCCCAACGUGGAGGUGCAGACGCAGAUAGUGACGAGGAGUUCGCAGAGCCAGAGCUGGACUCUGGAGACGAAGCUAUGAUCCGGCAUGCGAAAGAGAAGAUAGAGAAGAAGCGGAGGAAGAGAGCCGGGGAGAAUGCUAACAACGAUGAUGUUGGAAGUGAGAGUGAUUUUGACUUGGACGAUGAUGACGCCGGUGGUGAGGGCGGACAAGAGGAGAAGAAAGCUCUAGCGAAAACAGACGGAGCUACGAUUGACGUCGACUCAAUAUGGAGUCAAAUGAAUAACCCGCCCAUCAGACCGCCGCAAGCGAAUGAAAAGAGGGACGAUGACACAAUGAUGGCAUCGUCUAAAUCGCAGGGCAUGCCCUCUAAGCUUCCGCAGGAGGAAUUAAUAACUAUAAGGCGAACAUAUAAAUUCGCGGGAGAGAUGAUAACAGAGGAAAAGACGGUUCCCAAGGACUCAGCCGAGGCGAAGCUGUACCUUUCCACAUCCGCUGCAGCGAAGAAGAAACAAAAGGGUGUAGACGCAGGCGCAGGUGAAGAUACAGAUUCCCCGUCGAACGAGACUACAGUACAGCAACUGCGCCGACCACUCCGGCGUUUCUCCCGGUUCGAUCCAAACCCGCCCGAUGCCAUCAAGAAGAGCUGGGAGAAGCAGGUGGCUAUACAAGCCUCUGGUGAUUCGGGGACUACGGCCAAGGGCCCUAAGCUGAACACUGUUAUGAAAUCGAAACUUGACUGGGCUGCGUACGUCGAUAAGGAGGGCAUAAAGGACGACUUGGAUGUUCAUAGCAAGGCCAAGGAGGGCUAUAUGGGACGCAUGGACUUCUUAGGCCGUGUAGACGCAAAGAGAGAGGAAGAGAAGAGGAAUGCAAGGAUGAAGAAUGCUGGAUUCUAA